AGGAUGGCAGAAAAAAAGAUGUCGCUGAGUCGGAGGAAUCAUCUCAAGAGCCUCCUGCUGCAGAUCGGGCUGGCGAUGCUGGAGGAGGAGGCGCAGGAGGCCGAGAGGGAGAAGAUGGAGUUCAUGAACGAGAACUGCCCCGCGCUCUCCAUCCCGGGCUGCAUGCAGGAGCUCCAGGAGUUGUGUCGGAAACUGCACAAGCAGAUUGACUUGGUGGACGAGGAGCGAUACGACAUGGAGGCGAAAGUGGCAAAGUCCAACAAGGAGGUUCUAACGUUAUGACUACUGAAGACGAAGGUUCAGGACCUGAAGGGGAAGUUUAAGAAACCGGCCCUGAAGAAGGUGCGGAUGUCGGCCGACGCCAUGUUGGCCGCGCUGCUGGGCUCCAAGCACAAGGUGUCCAUGGACCUGAGAGCCAACCUGAAGCAGGUCAAGAAGGAGGUGAAAGAGGAGGAGAAGCAAACAGGCGACUGGAGGAAGAACAUCGAAGACAAGGCCGGGAUGGACGGCAGGAAGAAGAUGUUCGAGACAGAAUCUUAAACGUCAGCGGGUUGUUCUGAUGUUGAUCAGCGUCAUUAGUUUCUGUCUGUUAUAUGAGUCCACGUUGUUUUACAUCUGUACAAAUGAUAAAGAGAAUAAAUAGUGUUUUCGUGUG